CGUGAGGUGCCAAAUACAUAUAUAUAUUCAUGCAACAUUAACAGUUCCUUCCACAACUGAAGAGGAAAAAAAUGUCCAACCUCCUGUGGAAGAGCUUCAACCUCUGCCUCUCUAAAUUCAAGUGCCUUCCAACCAUCACAUUCUCCCCACCACCCACCAAUACCGACCAAGAUCAUAAAUCCACCACCGCCGCCGCCGCCGCCGCCGCGAAUCCUUUACCCCUUUUCAAGAACUUCAACUCUCUCUAUGAUGUCAACUACUCUGAUGAUAUCUCAACCUCCAAAUCUCUCGCCUCCUCCACCACGGCCGCAGCAGCAACAGAAGACUUUUUCUCCUCCUCCGAAGACUCCGACACCGACUCCGUCCCGGAUUUCACCUCCGCCUUCGCCUCCCACCGCUUCUUCGUCUCUUCCCCUGGCAGCUCAAACUCCAUCUUCGAGCCUCUGGAACCGCUUUCCCCCAAGGAUGCAGGCGCCCUGGUAAGCGGCGGCGUAGCAGUUCAGACGUACUCUCCGGACCCCUACUCCGACUUCAGGAAAUCUAUGCUGGAAAUGAUCGAAGCGCGCGAUCUAACAGACGUUAACGCUGAUUGGGAGUUCUUGCAUGAGCUUCUCCUCUGUUAUCUAACUUUAAACCCUAAGCACACGCACAAGUUCAUAGUUGGUGCUUUUGCUGACAUCAUUGUGUCCCUCCUGACUGCGGCGCCGCCUACAGAUGCUUGCCGGAAAACCCACAUCGAACGACACUGUGCGACGCCACGAUUAUCAGUUUAAUCAACUCCCCCCCCCCCUUCUUUCCUGAUUAAUUAAGGAUAAAGUUCAUGAAUUAUUUUGCAGCACGUACGGGCAA